AUGCCCGAAGACAACGAACCCGUUCCUCUCAUCAUCAAGUCCCACUCCUUGGAGAGCUUCUGCGUCUCCGCAAAGCGGCUCCUGGAGGCAAAAGACUACCAUUCCUUUGUGAGAUUCGUAUUGUCUGGUGUACAUGGUGGCCACCAGGCGUUUGUUGACCCUAUUCUUAACCGGUUGAGCUUGGAUCCCGAACAUGAAAUAACCGGCCUUAGGGACUAUGACUCUCUCCUUGGGGUCGAUGACGAGAUCCAGGUUGAUGACAGCAUCACUAUCCAAGUCCUGGGCCGGGUGGAGGACACGCUGCGCAAAAAUGUCCACAUCAAUUUAGAGGUGUAUGACGAGGAGACGGGGCCCCAAGAUGUUCCUGUCCACAAAAUCCCCAACCUCGCUAUCGGGAAAUGGGACACCCACAACCUCAUCCGCGUCGUCUUCCCUGCGCUAUAUGGCGGAGACCGCCUUGGCUCCCACCUCUCGCAGUUAGAACAGACCAUCUUCUACGAGAAGGGCCUCCGACCAGCUGUCGUCGCCCUCAUCGGCAACCGAGCUGCCGACUGGCCACCGACGUAUGCAGACGAGAUGUUUCGCGCCCGAGGGCACAACGGGCAGCUCAGCUUAGGGACCCGUGUUUUGCCUCGUUGGGAGGUUCCUUCUCUUGGUUCAGCCAUACGGAGGGCGCUAAAGGACAACGGCGUCCUCUGGGGCGAGGGUAUGAAGAUCCUUCACCAAAUCCGAGGUGUGAAGAACUCGAGUACUCACGGCAUGAACUUGCCAGCCGCUGCUUAUGCUCUCGAUGACUGGCUCCGGCUCAACCAUCUCAGGCCUGCGAUCAUGAAUAUGGAGAGCUCCAGUUGGUUUAUAGAUGUUGGCAUUGAACUUACCUCGGAGCUAGGGGAGUGCCUUCUUCUGCGCACGGACGCACACACAUCCCUGGUGCGUAAGGUGCUGGAGAUCAACGAAAGCCACGCCAGCCGCAUUACGAAGAUGGGAAGCACCAAAUAUACCCGCGAUACAACGUCCCACCUCUCAGCCCUUUCAGGAUGUCGCAUCACUCCUGGUGUCCGCGCGCAGGGGCGUUUCGAAGCCGUCUACCUCCAGAUGUAUCAGACGGACAAGAUGCUAACCUCGCGCCCAGACCAAGGCCAUUUUGGCAAGUUCUUGACAGCCAAAGACGCCCUCGCGGGAAAGUAUGCCCCAUUCAUGGACAACCUCUACCAUCUCUACAGCCGUGCAAUGGUCGACAACUCCUCCAAAGUGCGUAUCGAGGUUAGAGUGCCCUUGAAGUUCGCCACCGAGGUCCUCUUAAAUCUCAGUAUCAGCGACUUCCAGGCAUCUUUCGUGUCAUUCGGGCUUGUCACUUGGUGGAGCCUGCGGGCAUACAGGGUUACAGCACUGAAGUUUCUCCUUGAGUGGCAAGAUGACGGAGAAGCCGAGCUCCGCGCAACGCACCCAGCCCUCCUGCUCACUGCCGCUGUUCCCUGGAUUCUCAACGGUCUGCAUUCCGCUCCUGAUGACGGACCCUCAUCGAGAGAGAUCAUGGACGCUGUCCUUCCGCUGAGCAACAGGGAAGGUCUUGACCCAAACAUACUGGCCUAUAACACGCGCACAUCCAUGCCUACUUUCAGAGAAGACAGCGAAGAUGAGGGUGAAGUACUAGAGCUGAUGGAUGUGGAUGAAGAGGAUGAAGAGGAUGUGCAAGAGGUAGAGGAGCGGGGACGCCUUCGCCAACGCCGUCGUGGAGCCCCUCUUUCGGAAUUGACACCAUGCAUCCCGUACGGGCUGCUAUUCCUUCGACCCCUCCGUGUUGGAGGCACAACGCCUGUCCCCCGCCUUUGCUGGUCCCGUGUCUUCAUCUCCGAACAUGCUUUCCGAUUUAUUUUCGGCGCCGACGAGGAAACCAUCAUCCACGCGAUCCGCCGCUCUCGCAUCGCUGCCUCACGCAACCCCAACCGGACUGAAAACAGGAAGAAGAAGACCCUGUCCUUCGUGAACCAUGGUCAGGCUCCUGAAGGACCCAUCUUCCACCUCGAGGCUGAAGGGUACAGCCUUCCUCCCGUCCCUCGCGAUGAAGGCUCUGACAUGGAGCUGGAAGAGGAAGACAUGGCAGAGCCUCGAGUGGGCUUAGACGACUUUCUGACCAACCUCUGGAACCAGUUCUUACUGGACAUCACUGAGGUCAGCCCGAAUCCCAAACCCGCCGACCAACCCCCCUACUGCAUCCUUUCGCCUGCCAAACGAAAGCUCGUUAACGCCGCCACGUAUCAAGACCUUUGUCUCUCUAACUAUUUCACUGACGUCCAGUGGAAGUACGCUGAGCCCUCUGACUGGGUCUUCACAUUCGACCACCUCUUCCCACCAAAGAACGCCAAGGUCAAGACCGGUAAGAUCCAGAACUACCUCCAGACCACCUACUACUCCAAAUGGGAAUCCAUGAGGGCAAGGACCGACGCGGAGACGGUGAAGAAGAUGCACAAGAACCUCUUCCUUCGGUUUUGCCAACUCUCUUGGUUCCCAGCAGCACAGGCAAACAGAAUCUGGUGGACGAAAGUGGACCGGCGCUCGAGUAAAUCCAGUGGCCUCUCCCCGAACAGCCCCGCCCCCCGCAUUCUCCUCCAUCCCGAUGUUCAGGUCCCGACGUGGCAGUGGGAUUAG